CUCAGUAUAUUAUAAAUAGUCGACCCGAUGGGAAGCGUGUAUCGUACUAUAGGUGCAGUAAUUUGAAUAUGACGGCGUCAACACUUCUCGGACUCGGCUGUGCACUGCUCGUGAUCUAUUGUGGUGCGGCUGGAGCUGUUGAGAAACCCAUCACAGAGAUUUGUCUCACUUGUAUGUGUGAGGCCCUGAGCGGCUGCAAUGCAACUGCGGUUUGUGUGAAUGGCGCCUGCGGUAUAUUUCGCAUUACCUGGGAUCAAUGGGUGGACUCGGGACGGUUGACGGUGGAGGGAGACUCACCCAUGUCGGACACUGCCUUCACGAAUUGUGCCAAUGAUCCUAUCUGUGGUGCCGACACACUCCAAAGCUAUAUGGUCAGGUAUGGACAAGACUGUAAUGGUGAUCAGCAGGAGGAUUGUUUUGACUAUGGCGCCAUUCACUAUAUGGGACCGUUCAAUUGUCAAGCCGAUAUGCCCUAUACCUAUGAGAGCAUUUUCAAAAAGUGUCUCAAGCGGCAGCAGCAACAGUGGAAGCAACAAAUUUAAGCUCACCUAUAAUACUUGAAUAGCGCACUGAAGGUCCUAACAUAAAAUGAAAAUAAUUGCUAGCUACAUACAUACAUACAUUUAGCAAUAUUGUGUGGAAAUUGAAUUGCAAAUGAUUGCAUUUUUCUAGCAAGCGCACUAUUUAUAUGCACUAUUUAUACUAGAUACGGAAAUCCCACUACCGGCUCUCAGCUUUGCUCUAUAAGCGGAAAAAGCAAGGUAGAUAAACAUGUUUGAGCCAAUUUAAAGCUAUCACAUUUAAUUACGUUAGUUUAGAGUACUGGGAGGGUACUACGCAAUUUAAUUCUUGGAAAAUGUACACCUUCAGUUUUACAACUGCUACAUUUUGAAUAAUAAUGAAUAAUAUAAGUAUACUGAAUAAAUAGAAUUUAUUUCUAAAA